AUGUCCACGUUGUUGCGCACUGUGAGUCAACCACCAGGAAUUAAAGACUUAGCUAGUCCGUUGGGACAUAUGGGUAUUAUUUUAAGGGAGAAAGGAGAGUUUGAGAAAGCACGUGAAUUACACUUUCAAUCGUUAAAAAUAAAACAAAAUUAUUAUGGUGAACAACAUCUAGAAACAUCUGCAACACUUAAUAACAUUGCGCUAGUUUAUAAAGACAAACAAGAUUAUCAGCGUGCCUUACAAUAUCAUAAAGAAUCUCUUAGAAUCAAACAUAAAAUAUUACAAGUAGAAGAUCAUCUUGACAUUGCAAAUAGUUUAAAUAACCUUGGAUUUGUUUAUCGUCAAUCAAAUCAACUUGAUCGAGCAUUUGAAUAUUGUCAAAAAUCAUUAAGAAUACAACAAAAAUUACUUCCACCAGAACAUAGUGCAAUAGCAAUGAGUUAUCAUACACCGCAGAUUAGAAACAAAACAUUUGCUUUCAAUAAUCAUCCUGAAGUGGCGAGAAAUCUAUUUAGUAUGGGAUUUACUUAUGAAAGUCUUGCAGAAUUUUCCGUAGUACUGGAAUAUUUUCAAAAAGCGUUAGAUAUGAACCAAAAGUUUUUACCAGUUGAUCAUCCUGAUAUGACAAAAUUAAACGAUGCCAUUGCAAGAGUUCAGCAGGAAAUAAAUAACUGA